AUGCCGACGCAGCGCUACAUCGCGCUGCAGAUGCUGCAGGACCGCGCGCUCUGGGAGCUCCGGGGCCCGCGUACUCGCCGCGCAUCCACUGCUGAGCUGCGCAGACGCAGCUCCAUCGACGCAGGGCUCGUGGCGCACCACAGCGCCCGAUCGGCGAGCACCCACCGCCCAGCAGGGAAGUUGGUGGAGAGCACGAGCGACAUCUCGCUGCUCUUGGCCUACAUGGAGACUCAUGGGUUCGCUGAUGACGGAUCCCUGCAAGAUGGCAAGUCUAGGAGCGAGGUGGAGGAUGCUGGGGGCGUCAUCAAACGAGUUGCGGCCAAUAAGUCGCUCCCAGAGGACGAGGAAGUUGAAGAGGGGCAGGAAAAAGAGGUGGAGACGCCAGCAGGCAGGUGGCAGCUCUCCAAGGAGGUCAUGUUCGUGGUCUCCGCCUUCGUCGUGCUCUUCGCGUCAGGAGGGCUCAUCCUGGGGUUUGGCCCCGUGUACUCCCUUCUCGUGAGGGAAAACCAGUGGUCGGAGCUGUGCACUGAUGAGGAGCGGCUGGAGGCUGGAGGUGGUGUCCUGUGUGCGGCGCAAGAAGUGCGGCUGCAGUAUGUCUUCUCGACGGGGUUCCUGUGCCUUAGUGCAGCCAACGCGUUCUUUGGCGUGCUCCUGGAUGUGGUGGGCCCCCGAGUCACUAUCAUGCUGGGGCUCACUCUCUCGGCGCUGGGGAAUUUCGCGCUAGCCUUUGGCGACUCACACACUGGAAGUGGUGCGUGGAUUAUUGCAGGGUAUUCGCUGGUGGGUGCCGGUGGAACAGGCGCAUAUUUGGCGGCGUUCCAGAUACUGCAGUUGUAUGAGGUGCAAGGAGUCGUGUGCAGCACGCUAUCGAGUUUGUUCAACUGCUCGGGUUAUGUGUACAUGCUGCUGGGGCUUCAGGGUAUCACGCGAGCAGUGUUCUUCCGCUGUUUUGGUCAGUUUGGGCGCCUUCGUCUGCUUCUUGCUGUUCCCGACAAACAACAUCACGAGGCCUUGUGA